AAAAAAAGCAUACGUAUGAGACUCCCCGCGAGCCAACUGGAUCAGAUCAAAAUAUUUGGUGAGGGAAGAAAUUCAGGCAAGCUUCCUGAUGCUGGGCGAAAAUGUUGGCCAUUGCCAGUGCAGCCAAGGUCAGUCAAGGUGGUGUACCAAGAAGCAAAAGAGUGGAGGGCCGUGCUGGCUCUCUCCGAGUCUCUGGUGGUGGGGUCCUUCGUCCAGGUACCGCAGGUGCGCCCACCGGAGCCACAUCCAGACGUAGUCUCAUCCAGGACGCCACACUCACACCUGCCUCCGCCUCCUCAAGUGCACCAAAACCCAACAUCUUCCACACUGUUGGCCGAAAACUCCGCGUUCAGGUGGUGAAAUUCGGCGAUUGGUUGGUGCAGUGUCGAGGCCGGCUCGGAAAGUGCUCCUCGCACGCAAUUUAUUUUACACGCAGCAAACAAAAAUCAAACAGGUGCUAUGGCGCAACUAGUGAAGGAAGUCAUCGACUACGGCCUCAACUACUGGGACUACAUCAGCGACCCCAGGACGAGCAGCUGGCCCCUGAUGUCGAGCCCGAUCCCCACCUUGGUGAUGGUGGCUGGCUACCUUUACACAGUGCUCAUCCUGGGACCCACCCUUAUGGACAACAGAAAGCCUUUCAAGCUCAGAGAGGUGCUAAUCGUGUACAACGCGGCCCAGGUCAUCUACAGCGCCGCCAUGUUUUACGAGCACCUGAUGGGUGGCUGGCUGUUCGAAUACAGCUAUUCUUGUCAACCAGUGGACUACUCGCAUAGUCCUGUAGCCAUGAGGAUGGCUGAGCUUUGCUGGUGGUACUACAUUUCCAAACUAACUGAAUUCCUGGAUACCCUUUUCUUUGUGAUGCGCAAAAAGAACAACCAAAUCUCGUUACUCCAUGUCUACCAUCACUCAAUGACUCCCAUCAUGACUUGGGUCCUCGUCAGAUUCCUUGCAGGUGGUCAUGGGACCUUCUCGAACUUGAUUAACAACUUAGUGCAUGUUAUUAUGUAUUUCUACUACAUGAUGACGGCGAUGGGACCUCAGUACCAGAAAUACAUCUGGUGGAAAAAGCAUCUCACCACUGUACAGUUGGUUCAAUUCCUGAUGGUUUUCGUGCACUCGGCGAACGCGCUCUUCUCGUCGGACUGCAGCUACCCAAAGCUGAUCUCGGCCUUCUUGGUGGUGCACUCAUGCAUCUUCUUCGGCCUCUUCCUCGAUUUCUACAUCAAGGCGUACCGCCGCGAAAACAGGCCCAAGAGCAUCGAUGCCCUCGACACCCUGAAGGGCGUCCACAACGCACCCGCCCUGGCAGCCACCCCGGUGCUCACCCCGGCGGCCGAGGGCCCAACCCCUAAGAUCAAGACUCAGUGAGCCUGCGCGGCUUCCAGGCUUCCCCGCCCGCGCCUUUUCUCCGGUGAUGCCAACCCAAUAACUCAUCCGAUACCUUGUAGUUUGUACUGUACAUAGUAUUUUUCCGCCCAUUAUAUAUACAUGCAUUCGCGCCCUCAUUAUAUAUGUACUUAAUUCUACUGGUCCCAUACUGGAGAUGAUGGAGUUUUUCUCAUUGUGUGCUGCCUAAGAACACGUGCGUUAAAGUGCCAGUGUUUGUGAUUCAACCUUUUAUUUACUAAUUUUAAUUUAUAUUUGAAAAAAAAAAUGCAAGAUUCUUCGAAAGAAAAAAAAGACUACUAUUUUUUCGUCAAUUCUCUAGGCGUUGAGACGAAUUUGAAAUUUCUUCCUUAUGUGUGCCUUAUUGCAUUUCCAUACUAUUGUCAGUAAUACAACAAAAUAUAAUAUAUUGCCAAAUUUUGUCUUGCCAAACUCAGAUCGAAGAAUUUUAAUUUUUUUAAGGAAUCACGAAUAUAUGAUUGAGUAGAUUUUUAGAUUUUUACCUGUGCUCUAAAUCUAAAUAGCUACACCUAAAAGCAACUUAUUUUAUAAACGUGAACAGAAAUCAUUAAAUUGGAAAAAAGGUUAAUAAAUAAUUUUUAUGCAUUAUACAGUUCAAAAACUAGAUUUAAGGUUUCUAGCCUGCUUUGACCUGAAUGUAUUUAGGAAUCAAAAGCACAUGGCAUAAAUAUUUCAGGUAACCUCAAGAUAAUAUGUUGGUGAGACUAUUCUUAAAGAUUGCCGUUUGUUUUGUGACUCUUAGCAAUUUAAGUGAGGAAGAUACAUUAUCUUUUUUUAAAUCAUAAAACACUCAAAUUGCAAAUUGAGAAGUUCUUUUGUUUUGUAUCUGCCUCUGAUAUUGGAUGUGAUUACUGGUCCAUUGUAUUUAAAAUUAGACAAAGGAUUCGAAUAGAAGGUACAAAGCAUGAAGGUAGGAAAUGCUGUUUGGUCCAAACACACUUAAUCAAGAUUGUAUCAUAUCCCGAUUAUGCUGCGUUUUUUUUUACCAAAAAUAAAGAGCUCAAUAAAAUCUUGAACUUGGCUUUCAAUGG